AUGGCCGACGCUCCCCGAGGACGCGGCGGUUUCGGUGAUAGAGGUCGUGGAGAUCGAGGCAGGGGAGAUCGUCGAGGGCGACGAGGUCCGCGCCGUGGUGGUGCAAAGUCCGACGAGAAGGAAUGGCAGCCCGUCACCAAGCUCGGCCGUCUCGUCAAGGCAGGCAAAAUCCAGAGCAUGGAACAGAUCUACCUGCACUCUCUGCCCAUCAAGGAGUACCAGAUUGUCGACUGGUUCUUGCCCAAACUCAAGGAUGAAGUCAUGAAGAUCAAACCCGUCCAAAAGCAGACCCGUGCCGGUCAACGUACUCGAUUCAAGGCCAUCGUCGUCAUCGGCGACAGUGAGGGCCACGUCGGUCUCGGCAUCAAGACCUCGAAAGAAGUCGCGACCGCCAUCCGUGCCGCCAUCAUCAUCGCCAAACUCUCCGUCCUCCCUAUCCGACGAGGCUACUGGGGUACCAACCUCGGUGAACCUCACUCCCUCCCAACCAAAGAAUCCGGCAAGUGCGGUUCCGUCACGGUUCGAUUGAUCCCCGCCCCCCGAGGUACCGGUCUCGUCGCUUCCCCGGCCGUCAAGAGAUUGCUCCAGCUUGCCGGUGUGCAAGACGCUUACACUUCAUCUGCGGGCAGCACCAAGACGCUGGAAAACACCCUGAAGGCGACGUUCGUGGCAGUCAGCAACUCCUACGGAUUCUUGACUCCCAACUUGUGGAAGGAGACGAAGCUCAUCAGAAGUCCGUUGGAGGAGUAUGGUGAUGUUCUGAGAGAGGGCAAGCGUUACUAG